AUCCCUAAACUAGGGUUUAAACUCGUCACAGACCACAACCUUCACCAGGCGCCGGUGAUCUCGUAAAUCUCCUGCCGUGCUUGCUCCGACCAAUCCAGUGACAGGUAAUAGGUAACUGCAAUUGAUUGAAAAUGCAACACGACGAGGUCAUAUGGCAAGUUAUCAGGCACAACCACUGCAGUUUCAUGACCAAGAUAACGACCGGGAAUUUCUGUCGGAACCCUUAUAACGUGACUGGGAUUUGCAACCGGAGCUCUUGCCCUCUUGCCAACAGUCGUUAUGCUACCAUUCGCGACCAUGAGGGAGUCUUCUACUUAUAUAUGAAAACAAUAGAAAGGGCUCAUAUGCCAAACAAAUUGUGGGAAAGAGUUAAGCUUCCAAGAAACUACGAGAAAGCUCUUGAAAUCAUUGACAAACAUCUGAUGUAUUGGCCUAAGUAUCUUGUACAUAAAACAAAACAACGAUUGACCAAAAUGACUCAGAUGCGGAUACGUAUGAGGAAACUUGCUCUGAAAACAAGGGAAAAGAUAAUGACAACUCCUAGGAAAGAGAUAAAGAGAGAGGCUAGGAGAGAGGACAAAGCUCUGAAAGCUGCACUCCUGGAAAAAAUUAUUGAAAAAGAAAUGCUUGAGCGGCUUAAGAAAGGAGUUUAUGGCGACAUAUACAAUUAUCCUAUAGAUGCGUACAAUAACGUGCUUGAUAAAGGCGAACUCCAGGCUAGUGAAGAUGAACAAGAGGAGGAAUAUGAGACAGAAUAUGUUGAAUCCUGUGAACAAUAUGAAGAGGAAGAUGACAUGGAAGAUUUUGGUGGUCUAUCAAUUGGAAAGUCUCACAUAGAUGUCAAUAAUGGAAUGGAUGAUGAAGAGGAAGAGGAAGAUGAAGUGGCAGUAGCAGUUGAUCGGAAAAGAUUGAAAAGAGAUUCAAAGCACGAGAAAGAUAAAUCCAGGAAGAAGAAAGCAAGAGUACUCGUCGAGGUUGAGCGUGAAGAUGCAGAUGAAAGACAGUUGGCAAUCCAAUGAGACCUUGUGGUUGAUUUCCUUCACAUUUUUCGCAUCUGUAAACCAGAUGACAGCAAUUAACUUCGAGGCUUCUCUUGCUGUGGCCUGGUUGAGAGGGAAAUGUUGCUUAAGGGAAAUGCGGCAUUUUAGAGUUUGUAAUUGUCGUGUUGGUUCAAAGAUUGUCUUACUAGAUUUUGGUCCUUUUUUAAUUUAUUUUCUUCUUACAAUGGAUUGAGUUGCAUGUGCUACAGUCUACUAGUUAUGGAGUUUUUUUCCCCCCCUGCUAGCUCUUAUUGUGUUUUCUC